UGAAAUAUCAACGCUCAAGUCUCAGAUUUUAUCACUCGUCUGCUGAUACUCUGCAUUCAAUUUGCUCUUUGCCUCAACCAUGGAGGGCACAUCAUCGCAGAAGAACAUCUUCAAAAGUCCAGCACUACUCAAGUACAUCUAUGAAACGAGUUGCUAUCCGAAAGAGCACGAGCAAUUGAAGCUACUAAGAGAGACAACCAUGCAGAAAUACGGGGAAAUGAGUGUGAUGAAUGUGCCGGUGGACGAAGGCCAGUUCAUCUCAAUUCUUCUUAGUGUCAUGAACGCAAAGAAAACACUUGAAGUUGGAGUGUUCACUGGUUAUUCUCUUCUUGCUACCGCUCUUGCUCUUCCUCCUGAUGCCAAGAUAACGGCGAUUGAUGUGGACAGAGAAGCCUACGAGACUGGGUUGCCCUUCAUUCAGAAGGCAGGAAUGGAGCACAAAAUUGACUUUGUUCAAGGGGAUGCAUUAGCAACCCUCCAAGAUCUUAUUGAUGGCAAACAUGAAGGAUCAUUUGAUUAUGCAUUUGUGGACGCUGACAAGAACAGGUACAAGGAUUACCAUGAGCUGUUGUUGAAGUUGGUGAAGAAGGAUGGAAUAAUUGCAUAUGACAACACCUUAUGGUUUGGUUCGGUGGCUAUGUCGGAGAACGAACCAAUGGAAGAUGUCAUAAGGCAAAACAGAAAGCCUACACGUGAGUUCAACAGCUAUAUAGCAAAUGAUACUCGCAUUGAAUCAACUAUUCUUUCAAUCGGGGAUGGUCUAACUCUUUGCCGUCGUCUUUGAUCUCUUUCAAGGGUCCUCCAAGGGGAAGCUUAUGUUGAGGGCCAUGGCCCCUCUAUGUUAAUUGUUGAAUUUUUAUUUAUGUUUAUAGUAUCUGAACUUCGACUCUCGAUCUCAUGAAUAAAAGGAUUGUUGUGGACACUAUUUUCAACUCGUAGGAGAGAGAGACAUAUGAUUAUGGUAAUAAUUGUUACCUUCAAUUGCAAAGAAGGCAAAACUAGUAAAUUAGGGAAUGGUAAGAGCUAAUAUUUGUUAUUU